UGUUAGCACUGAGUGUCUCACAGAUGGCUAUAGUUAUGACUCGAGACAAGUGUUGACAAUAUUUUGCAAAUCAUUGUCUCAUUUGAACUGAUUUUUAACAAAUCAUUCAAUUUUUUAGUCAAUUGAUUACAUUUUGUGUUGAACUCAGACUAAGGUUUUGCUAAAGACAUCAAAAUGUCUGACUAUUUGGGAAAAGAUAUGCGAAAAAUGAAAGAAAAUAAUGAAGAAAAAAAAGAGAAAGAAAUUAAAACUCUCGAUGAGGGAGAUAUUGCUUUGCUGAAGACAUACGGUUCCGGACAAUACAGUCGAUCCAUAAAGAAAGUCGAGGAAGAGAUUCAAUCGAUUCUCAAGAGAGUCAAUGAGUUGACCGGAAUUAAGGAGUCGGACACAGGUUUGGCACCACCGGCUCUCUGGGAUUUGGCCGCCGAUAAGCAGACGCUACAGAAUGAACAACCAUUACAAGUGGCCCGAUGUACCAAAAUUAUCACUCAAGAUAAUGAAGACGCAAAAUAUAUUAUUAAUGUCAAACAAUUUGCAAAGUUUGUCGUCGAUUUGGCUGACACUGUGGCCCCGACUGACAUUGAGGAAGGCAUGAGAGUCGGUGUCGAUCGCAACAAAUAUCAGAUUCACAUCCCUUUGCCGCCUAAAAUAGAUCCGACAGUGACUAUGAUGCAGGUCGAGGAUAAACCUGAUGUCACCUAUAGUGAUGUCGGCGGUUGUAAAGAACAGAUCGAAAAAUUACGAGAAGUUGUUGAAACACCACUUCUUCAUCCCGAAAGAUUUGUCAAAUUGGGAAUAGAGCCACCAAAAGGUGUUUUAUUGUUUGGACCGCCCGGUACUGGAAAGACAUUGUGCGCGCGUGCGGUCGCCAAUAGAACCGACGCUUGUUUUAUUCGCGUCAUUGGAUCGGAAUUGGUUCAGAAAUAUGUCGGAGAGGGCGCCCGAAUGGUCAGAGAAUUGUUUGAAUUGGCCAGAAAUAAAAAGGCAUGUCUUAUAUUUUUUGAUGAAAUUGAUGCUAUUGGUGGCGCCCGCUUUGAUGACGGAGCCGGUGGUGAUAAUGAAGUACAGCGAACAAUGCUUGAGCUCAUCAAUCAAUUGGACGGUUUUGAUCCCCGCGGAAACAUUAAAGUAUUGAUGGCUACUAAUAGACCGGAUAUAUUAGAUCCGGCUCUUAUGAGACCCGGAAGGCUUGACCGUAAAGUCGAGUUUGGAUUACCUGAUCUCGAUGGAAGGGCUCAUAUCUUCAAAAUACACGCCCGAUCUAUGAGUGUUGAGAGAGAUAUCCGAUUUGAGCUGUUGGCCCGCUUAUGUCCUAAUAGUACUGGUGCUGAAAUUAGGAGUGUUUGCACUGAAGCUGGGAUGUUUGCUAUCCGUGCGCGCAGGAAAGUGGCCACUGAAAAGGAUUUCCUCGAAGCCAUCAAUAAAGUCAUUAAAUCUUAUGCAAAAUUCAGUUCAACCCCGCGUUAUAUGACUUAUAACUAAUUUUAUUCGCAAUUUUAUAUUUAUUUACGUAACAAAUAUUUACAAAAUCUU